AGUCCACGAAACUAUGAGGAUUUAUUAAAAAUAACACAGGCAAUUCGGGAACAAAUAGAACUUGAAGAAGUUCCCAAAAUAGGCAUCAUUUGUGGUUCAGGUUUAAGCGCUAUAGCCGAUUGUAUUAAGCAAGCAAAAUAUUAUUAUUUUAUUAUUACAAAUGAAGUGAUUAAAAACUUGAUUGUGGGUCACAAAGGUAACUUGAUUUUUGGUUAUUUGGGCGGAAAAUAUGUCAUUUGUGUACAAGGUAGAUUUCAUCCAUAUGAGCAUGGAAUGGAUCUUGCAUUGUGUUCUAUGCCUGUUCGGAUACUAAAUAUGCUUGGAGUGGAGACACUCAUUGUGUCUAACGCUGCUGGUGGAAUAAAUUCAAGCUAUAAUUUGGGUGAUUUAAUGAUAAUUAAAGAUCACAUAUGUUUGCCUGCCCUUGCUGGGUUUUCACCUUUUGUUGGACAACAUGAUGAUCGCUUUGGUGAACGUUUCACUUCUCUUCAUGAAGCUUACAGCCAUAAGCUCAGACGAUUAGCCGUAGAAGUUGGAAUACGGCAAAAACUUGGUAUUCAUGAAGGUGUUUAUGCGAUGAAUGGUGGUCCACAAUUUGAGUCUCCAGCCGAAAUACGAAUGCUAAAGAUGAUGGGAGCAGACGCUGUUGGCAUGUCAACAUGUCAUGAAGUAGUUGUUGCUUGUCAGAUGAAAAUGAGAGUUCUUGGAUUCUCACUUAUUACUAAUGUGUUCAAUUUAAUUGCAGUAAAACAUGAAGACGUACUAAAACUUGGAGAAAUAGUAGAAGAACAAGUCAGCAAUUUUGUUGCGGAGAUUGUCAAAAAUUUGUAA